AUGGAGAGCCACAAGCCCAACGAAGCCAAUCUCUUCCUAUGUUUCCUCAUCUUCCUUUUUUCCUCUCUCCUCCUAGUGCAAGCCGCGACUCCUCCAGGAACAAUCGAAAGGACAGCAAGACAGCAACUUCUUGCGAGUAUUCCUCCGAUUCAUGAAGCAACUCCAACCUCUGGUUCAUCUCAGCUGUUCCUUACUUCCCCGUCGGGCAAAUACUCUGCCUUCCUACUACGUCGUGAGACUUCUUUCGGUGCUGGAGGUUUUGGAAAUGACUUCUGCUACAUCCAAGUCCAGGAUGAAUCCGGCCAGAGCGUCUGGGAAUCGGAGUGUGCUUCUGUGAGCAAUGUCAACUCGUGCACUCUGGUUUUCUCUGAUGCAGGUUUGGAGAUCUUUGACGGCAGCCGUUCUUCAUGGGAUACUAACGCUGAUGGGGAGCAGUUGGAGACACUGGAGAUGCUGGACAAAGGUGACAUGCAGAUAAGGGAUAAAGACGGGAAUCUCAUAUGGAAGGCUAGCGAUAACCCAAUCUCUAAUCAGAACUGUGGAUCUAUAGGUGCUCCCGGAUUGGCUCCUGCUCUGCCUCCUUUCGCUAAGCCCAUAUCUAAUGGUAAUCUUCAUUUCGGUCAGUCUGCGAACAACCAAGGACAGAACUCUCAAUUGGGUGACCAACAACCGCUGGAGCAAUUGGGUGAUCACCUAAACCACCAGCCUUACUCUGCUCCGAACCAACCCUUUGGAGCUAACCAGCAGCAGCAGCAACAGCAACCUCUUAUAGAUAAUACUCCUUUCGAUAGUGGUUCUUCAAGGAUUCGCUUUACUUUGAUUCCACUGCUCACUCUGAUGACUUGCUUUGGUUUUAUCCUCUGA